ACCAUUUCACUCAAAACAGAGUUGUAUUCUACUCUGUACAGAGUAGUAACUGCUUCAAAGUAGAGGUCCAAUUCUACUAUGAAUAGAGUUCUGUUUCACUCAAUAAAGAGUUGUAUUUCACUCAAUAUUGAUUUUAAUAAUGAUAACUCUGGAUUAAAAUGUUUGAAAUAAAAAAGACCAGAAAUGAAGAUUCAACAAUGCACUUGUAUUUUUCUUAAAUGCAUAAGCCUUUGCAGCUACGUUUGUAUCAUUAACCCGAAAAAGCUAUGAACGGUGUGUGAUUAACCGUCCUCCAAUAGGCCAGCCUUGUGGUGGCGGCCAUUAUCAUAUCUGGUAUCUUUUUGAGUUCAAAGUUCAACCUCAGCUUUCCGUUGUGAAACAUUUAGUAUAAGCUCGCGUUGUAAGUCGAGCAACUCUGAACUGAUGCCCUUUUACCUCUCCAUGUUUGUGCCACAGACAGAGACAGCCAUAAACUAAUUACAUGCACGCAGAGACACACUGGCACACAGACUGCCUCUCCUGCAAAUACUGUUCGAUCAGCACAUGUGAAAUUAAAGGUGUUAUGUGAAGUCAGGCAGCGGUGGCAAGGACGGUGAGUCCCAUGAUUUGAACUUUAAACUGCUUCAGGAUCACACAGGGAGGGAAUGUUUUCGCGGUGUUUCCAGGCGUAUUGAGAACAAUGUGUGCACCAGUUUUUCCAACAAGGAAUCUGAGUAAAGGAAGUGAUUGCAGGGAAAAUGUACGUGAAGUUAAGGUGUGUUGUAAAACUGAAAGCAAAUGAAAUAAUCCACCAAAUAUCUGGAAAGCUCGGCUGGAAGGAAACAGGAAUUAGGGUAAAUGAUUAAUGUAGUGCUGCAAAAACAGCGUUUCUGUUGAAAGCUUUUGGAAAAAUGAUGCACCAUAAACACGGUUAAACAGUUCGAUGACUCUGAGUGCUGUUUCUGGUGUUACAUCACACAGUUUUGACUUACGAAAGUGCUCACAACUUUACAGGCUGAUAAAAACACAUGAGCGGGGAUCAAAUCAGGCAUUGUUACUUUAAAACAACAAACGUUCACUAUCUCUGAACUUUGCUCCUUUAAACGCACAGUGACAGAAGUGAUUGAACCAGCCCCUCGCUGCGAGGAAGGACGCGUUUGAUUGGUUCGAGGAGCUGCACACCCCCUUUCUCAGCUCUGCUCUCCACUUUUUAACUUUGGGGCUAUGCUCACCUGUUUCACUUAACGCGUUCGGUCCCAGUCCCACACCUGACAGCAAAAUGUCUGACAGAGGCGCCUUCGAUACCGACGUGCUGACCCUCACCAGGUUUGUUCUGGAGGAGGGCAGGAAGGCCCAUGGGACAGGUGAGCUGACCAACCUGCUCAACUCCAUCUGCACAGCUGUGAAAGCCAUCUCAACUGCUGUCAGGAAGGCUGGGAUCGCUAACCUAUACGGCAUCGCUGGAAGCACCAACGUGACAGGAGACCAGGUGAAGAAACUGGACGUCCUGUCCAAUGACCUGGUCAUCAACAUGAUCAAGUCCUCCUUCUCCUCAUGCGUGUUGGUGUCAGAGGAAGACGAGAAGGCCAUCAUUGUGGAACCGGACAAACAGGGAAAAUACAUUGUGUGCUUCGACCCACUGGACGGCUCCUCGAACAUCGACUGUCUCGUCUCUAUCGGAACAAUUUUUGCCAUCUACAAAAAGACCACAAGUAAUGAGGCGGCUGAGACGGACGCUCUGCAGCCUGGGAGAAACAUCGUGGCAGCUGGUUAUGCUCUGUAUGGCAGUGCCACCAUGAUGGUCCUCUCCACUGGGCAAGGAGUCAACUGCUUCAUGCUUGACCCUGCAAUCGGUGAGUUCAUCUUGGUUGAUAAAGACGUGAAGAUUAAGAAAAAGGGGAAAAUCUACAGUUUGAAUGAAGGAUAUGCACAGCACUUUUAUCCAGACGUGACAGAGUACCUACAAAAGAAGAAAUACCCAGAGGACGGUUCUGCUCCAUAUGGCAGCCGAUAUGUUGGUUCGAUGGUAGCUGAUGUUCAUCGUACUUUGGUGUACGGAGGAAUCUUUUUAUAUCCUGCUAAUGUCAAGAGUCCGAAGGGCAAGCUGAGGCUGUUGUAUGAAUGCAACCCCAUGGCCUUCAUCAUGGAGCAGGCAGGAGGCAUGGCCACCACAGGAGCCAUGAAUGUCCUGGACAUCCAGCCCACCACCAUCCACCAGCGAGUUCCCGUGGUCCUGGGAUCCCCCGAUGACGUGCAGGAGUAUCUUUCCAUCUGGAAAAAGCACAACAAAUGAGAUGCACUGAUGAAGGAAGCAGGAACCUCUCUGGGCCUGUGGGAUUCUGCCUCACACGCUGCUCAGUCCAUCUUGCUGGAGACUUACCCUGUGUGUUUUUUUUUAAAUAAAGAC